AUGAAGCUGAUUCAAGACGGCGCUGCAGUUUUGCGGGCAGAACCAACUAUGAUCGAUGUUGAUGCGCCAGUAACAGUUUGCGGCGAUGUCCAUGGUCAAUUCUUCGAUCUGUUAAAACUCUUCGAAAUUGGUGGUCCUGUCGGCGAUCCUUCAACUGGUAGUAAUACUCGCUACCUAUUCCUGGGCGAUUACGUUGACAGAGGAUACUACUCCAUCGAAUGCGUACUCUACCUCUGGGCUCUCAAGAUCUGCCAUCCGAACUCGAUUUUUCUACUUCGAGGGAACCACGAAUGUCGCCAUUUGACGGAAUACUUUACCUUCAAGCAAGAAUGCAAAGUGAAGUAUAGCGAAGACGUCUACGAGGCAUGCAUGACGGCGUUUGAUUGUCUUCCCCUUGCCGCUCUCAUGAAUGGCCAAUUUCUAUGCGUCCAUGGUGGACUCUCGCCUGAAAUAACCAAAUUAGACGAUAUCAAAAACCUGGACCGAUUCAAAGAACCUCCCGCAUUUGGUCCGAUGUGCGAUCUGCUCUGGUCGGACCCGCUCGAAGAGUUUGGAAAAGAAACAUCAAGCUCAGAGCGCUUCACGCAUAAUUCUGUCAGGGGUGCUCCUAUUUCUACAGUUUCGCUGCCGUUUGUGAAUUUCUACAACAAAAUAACCUCCUAUCUAUGA